AUGCCAACGAGGCUUUCCACUCAUUAUUGUGGACGAUGGCCCCUAAGCAUCGUUACUGUUCGUCAACAAUUCCGUAUUGCAUUGAGCUUAUCGACAAUCAUUUACAACGAUGGCUAUGAUUCUUUAGAUAAAUUAUUUACAAGCAUCUUCUCGUCUAUGGGUUAUUAUUCUGCUCAAUGUUUCAGUCGACUUGAUGAAGUGAGGAAAUCUUUUACUUCGAAAGUGAAAAAAAGACGUUUAAAACGAGCAAAAACAACAACAACAACUGCUGCUACUAAUAUCUCUUCAAGCGAAAGUGAUGAUGGAAUGCCAUUUGUCCUAAAUCUAAAUGAUGAUAGUUUUGGUGAUAUUUCUAAUAAUUUAAACGCAUUGAACCUGUCGGAAGAUGACGCAUGCAGUGAUUAUGAACCGGGAGGCGAUGAUUAG